AUGGUCGUGGAAUAUUUGAUGCCAGUUCUAGCAUCAAUGCUAUUUUAUUGUGGCGUCAAUAUUGCUCUUCAAUAUGUUGUUGUUCCACCACCAAAACUUACUGACAGCCAAAAGAAAAAUUACAUUGGAGAGCAUAUAUCUCUUAUCCAUUCUAUUUUUGCAUCAAUUCUAGCACUUAGCGUUUAUAUUAGUGAAAACGGAAUUAACUAUGAUACACCAACAAAUGCAUCACAAAUAAUAGUCCUUGGACACUCUAUGGGCUAUUUUACGUACGAUGCAAUAUACGCAGAGCUUUUCGGCCUUCACGACUGGGCAAUGAGAUUCCAUCAUAUUUUUGUAAUUUUUGGCGGCUUUCCUGCCUACUUGGCAAGCAAUGGAGGCAGCCUAGGAGUUAGUAACAUUUAAGCAGCUUGUUUAGUGAUUACCGAACUUUCAAACCCUACAAUGCAGCUUAGACUCAUCUUAAAAGACCAAGGAAAUACUGAUAGUCUUCUAUAUAAAAUAUCUCAAUUCUCAUUUGCAGCAAUUUUUCUUUUCAAUCGGUAAGACUAACGUAGAGGCGUUAUUGGGACGUUUUUAGACUAUAAUUCUUGGCAAUACAACGUAAAUAUAAUGCUUGCUAUUAGUGUCUCUAUGCUUUAUGGAGUCAGCUGUUUCUGGAACUACAUUAUUAUCUUGAUGAUCCUUAAAGAACUCAAAGGAAAAGGCACUACUCUUAAAGAAAGACUAAUUAGCAAGUCUGUCCAUAUCCUGAAAAAAUCUCAAACAGUUAUAGUCGCCCUCAUUUUUAUUUGGGCUGUCUUUAUGCCUCACAUUUUGAAGCAUUUUGGGUUUACUGCAUAUCACCUCAAGUAUGGGAACUUCACAAUAAUUUAG